UUCAGCAUUGUUUUCGAAUUUCUUUUUCAGAUAUAAACAAUAUGAAGUGAAGAAGUAUGAAAACUGAAUCAUCAAGUUGAUGCGACAGAUGCAGAUUUGAAUGGCAUUCAAUGAUUUCACUGCACCAGAUUUCAUGAUAGCUGGAUUACUCAUGAUAACAGUGGCGUUGUUACUGAUCACACUGCCAGUAAUUAGUGUUGGACUGAAAAUUACUCGUUUCGAAGUACCAACUUUGGUCGUUCCAGGAGAUUCAGCAGUUUUAACGUGUUUCUUCGAUCUCGGUAAAGAAAAGCUUUAUUCUGUCAAGUGGUACAAAGACCACGUCGAAUUCUUCCGCUUCUUUCCAAGUCUGUCUCCGCAGUUCAUGGCAUUUCCAGCACCAGGACUUGAUAUCGAUAUGGCAAGAUCAAGCCCGAACACUGUGUAUCUACGAAACUUGACGUUAAAAAGUGAAGGCCAAUAUACAUGCCAAGUGUCUGCGGAUGAACCGUACUUCGGGUGUGUACAGGUCCACAGAGACGUCGUAGUUUACACACUGAGAGAACUCCCGAAGGACCUGGCUUUGUGGAGAGCUCAAGUGGAUCCUGUAGCAGGAGGUCGUCAGAAUGAAGCUAGAAGAGAAAAGAUACUAAGUUGGUUUGCUGGGUUCUACUGUAUUGUGGUAGUACUUCCGAGUAGCAUUGAGAGAACUCCCGAAGGACCUGGCUUUGUGAAGAGCUCAAGUGGAUCCUGUAGCAGGAGGUCAUCAGAAGAAAGCUAG